CCCAUUUGCUGGGCCCAUGUAGGCCCAUUAACCAGUUCAAACUCUGAAAGUUCCGAAGCUGGGGCGGGACUUUGAAGUUCCUUCUCUGUUCUUCAGUUUCUCUAUUCUGUAACUCUAAAAAGAUUACAUCUUUCACCUAAAAGAUCAUGAAUUGAAACCCUAGACAGAAAAUUGGGACAAUGGAAAGGCCGAGGCUUGUGGUAAAAUGCUCCGAGAACGAAGAGGUGGUGGAGUACUUACUGAACAAGUGGAAGGAAAUGGCGGAUCAACGCCCCAAUGGGAUAUCCGAAAACAUUGAGAAGACUCUCUCCAAGGCUUAUUCCAAUAUCUGUAGCGCCAAAACCCCCAUUCACACCAUUAAAGAUUUAUCCCAAAUCAAGGGUGUGGGGAAGUGGAUUCUGAAGCUUAUGCAAGGGUUUUUCAAGACUGAUCAAAGCAGUUGUGAGCCAGAAAAUGUCACCGAAAAGGGCAAGAAGUCUAAAGGAGCUAGGCGCUAUUUGCCUCAGAAGAACUCGGUAGCAUAUGCAUUGUUGAUUACCCUCUACAGGGGAACGAUGAAUGAGAAUGAAUUUAUGCGAAAACAGGAGCUUAUUGAUGCAGCUGAAGCUAGUGGCCUUUCUCGUGUGCCCAUAGCGCCUGAAAGGGGAAAAGGAAAGCUUGGUCCGUUUGGAGGCUCACCAAGGGACUGGUAUAGUGGAUGGACGAGUAUGAAGACUUUAGUAACUAAGGGGCUUGUUAUUAAAUCAAGUUGCCCUGCAAAGUAUAUGCUCACUCUAGAAGGUAAAGAAGCAGCACGGGAAUGUAUCACGAGAUCUGGUGUGCCAGAAUCCUCCAAAGAUAACAGAUCCUCUGAAAGGCAUUAUGAUGUUGACAUCGAAAACAUGUCUGAUGUCGAGCCUUCACAGCUAGAUUCAACGAAAGAAGUAGAGAUAGCAGCACCAUCUGCCGAUUUGAGAAGGCAGAAAUCAACAGAUAUACCAGUUGACUAUAUGGAUCGGCUUACAAAAAUGGGCUAUUCCAAGGAACGAAUCCUCAGGGCUUUUAAUGAGGUCUUAAAAACUUCCAAUAGUGAGGAGUCAAAUUCUCUCUGGCUACCUAUCUUAUGUCAUCUUCGGGAAACAGAAGUUUAUGGACAUUCGGAAUCUCAUACUGCCAGAGAGGAACAUGUUCGUAGAACGUCAACCCCUAUUGAUACAAAUUGUCGAGCAUCAGGCUCAUCCCGUCAGAGUGGACAUACGCCAAAGAUUAGUUCUGCUGAUUCCUUGCCGAGCUCUUUUGUUAUGAGACCUUGCUCGUCAUUGGAUCAUCAUGCACGAAAGUCGAGUUCAAAUAACAUGGAAGCAGGUUUUAAUAUCUUAUCUGUGCCACCACUGAUGUUUGGGGAAAGAUUUGAAGAUGUGUAUGAAGUAAUCUUGAUACUGGACGAUCGAGAGCAAUUUGCAAAUAAGGGUUCUCGGUCUAGCAGAAUCAUUGAUAGCAUCAAAAAACAAUUCAACAUCCAAAUACAGGUUAGACGUCUACCAGUUGGAGAUGGGAUUUGGAUAGCUCGCCAUAAAGAUCAUGACAUUGAGUAUGUACUUGAUUUCAUUGUCGAGAGGAAGAAAGUUGAUGAUUUACGCUCUUCAAUCAGAGAUAAUCGCUACAGGGAUCAGAAGUUGAGGCUUUUGAGAUGCGGACUUAAGAAGCUGAUAUAUCUCGUGGAAGGGGACCCAAACUCUUCUGAAGCAGCGGAGAGUAUUAAAACUGCCUGUUAUACGACAGAGAUCUUGGAGGGUUUUGAUGUGCAGAGGACCUUUGGCUUGAGUGACACACUAAAGAAAUAUGGCCAUAUAACCCAAUCAAUAACUCAAUACUACAAAUCACAAGUUUCUGAGGAGCUCCAUAAACACAAGAACAUCUGCCCACCGUAUAAUCAAUUCAUUGCAAAGUGCGAAGACCUGGAUAAAAUGACUGUAAAUGACGUAUUUGCCAUUCAGCUUAUGCAGGUUCCUCAGGUGACAGAGGAGGUUGCCAUGGCUGUUGUGGAUUUGUACCCAACAGUUGUCUCUCUUGCAAGGGCUUACUCCGUUCUUGAGGGUGAUAAUUCAGCACAACAGGAGAUGCUUAAGAAGCAAACUAACAAUGUAGUGAGCGGGGUUGCUAGUAGGAAUAUCUUCCAGUUCGUUUGGGGUAGUUGAGCUUCAGACUCAGAUGUUCUAAUCCGAUUAAUUUUUUGCACACGAAGCAUUGUUAUUUUUAAAAGGUAAAAUAUCAUGUUUCAGCUUCGAUCCUUUACACCCUUUUUUGUUGUCCAAAUGUAAAUAAUAUGUAAAGUUAAUGGCAUAUAGUUGAAUGUAGAUAUGGCCAAGUAUAUGAUUUAGGCUAGCCAUUCUCAGUUAGCGUAAAUGCUUUAGGUUUGAGAUUACUCGGUGAAUAUAUGAUUAUUACAUUAAGGAAAAGAAAAGCAUCUGUUUCGA